AAAAAAUAGAAAAGGUGGUAGAGAACCAAGAUCUUUGUUGAUAGAGAGAGUUUACAAUGAAGAGAGAAUGAUGAUGAUAAAUAGUCCACCUCCUUAGGUUGAUCCUAGGGGUUCUCACUUUUUCAAUUGUGGCUAUCUCGUUAAAAACCUUAACUAGAAAAAACCCUGUGGGAUAAAAAAUCUAGUUUAAGGAAAAAAGAGUGCAGCCCAGGUUUUUCCUUCAUGAUUCUAGUGCAGUUUCCUCAUUAGAAAUUUUUUGAAAUUAAUUGUUCUGCAGAUUUAUGCUGAUUUGUUCAGGUCCUCGCUUGAUUUUUUCAUAUCUCCCCAGCUGUAUUUCUCAUAUUUUCUUCUUCUUGGCAGCUUUUUUUUAUGCAUGUGGCCCCCUUUGUAUGGUUUUUUGGUACGACAGGUCCUUUUGGUUCAAACCCCUAUUUCCUUGGGAUUUUAUGCAAUUUAUCCUUUUGGCUUUCAAAUGGGGCUUUCUUGGGUUUCCCGAUUCUUCUUUUUCUUUUUUGUUUAACUUCUUUUUGAUUUCUUUUUGUUUUCUUUCUUUUUGCUUUUUCGUUUUCUUCCUUUUGAGAAAGACUCCUUUGAUCUUGUAAUUUGAUUAGGCCGGUUGUCUUGUGAUGGCCAUUAAUCCUUCUGCUUUCAACUCUGUUCCGAUCCCUGCUUCUGGUUUUGUUUUGAUCUUUGCUUCCAUUGGUUCUUGCGUUUUCUUUCUUCUUCUUCACCAUUUUUUUGUUUUGAUGGAGGGGAAUCCUUCAAAAUCUACUGUUAUGGCUCCAGUUGCUCGGGAUAUUGUCGAGAUGGGGGUGGAUCCCAUUGUCAGAGUGAGCCUUUCUUCUUUCGAAUCCGAGUGUUUUGACGUUUUCCAUUUUCCUGGCUGGUUUGUGGUGAAGGAUGCUUUAUGUCAUGUAGAGGGGAAUCCCAUGACCCUUCCUUUUCCAAUGGAGGAGCGCUGCAUCCAAGAACAACACCAUCUUCAUCACCUCAAUCCUUCUAUCUUCGGUUCCUCCAAACGCUCCCCCAAUUCCAACUGCCGAGAUUGUGAAAGGAGGCGAGACAGGGAACACUGCUUGGGAUGCUACAAUUGCCAGCAUGAGGAGGAAGCCAAGGAGCGUGAGUGUGCGUGGUUGGAGAAAUUCGCAGAUCGAGAUCAUGAGAAGGAGUUGAAGGUCAUUAAAGAAGAGUAUAUUGGAUCAAAAUCCUCACAAGGCCCAGCUCAAGGGUUUCUAGCCGGAGUUGUUCAGAGGGAGCUGAGAAAGCUUGUUGCCAAGAAUAGUAAGGAUUGGGCAGCUUUUGAGGAUGCAGAGGAUUCUGUUAUAGCUAUUCACAGUUGGAGUAGUUUUGUGAAUGCGGAGGUUCUCAAGGUACCCCUUAUUCUCUAAAUGCUCAGUUUUUCAGACCUCUUGUUGAACCUGCAUAUAAGAACAUUUAUUUUUGAAAAAAUAUUUGGGUUGUACUGCUUUUAUUCUGUUCUUUAAAUUUGCUCAAGUUUAUGAUGCUGGUUCUCAUUAUCCAUCUGUUUUUCGCAAUUCAUUGGUACUUUGGAUUCCCGCUGCUUGCAUGCUAAGGUUGAUCUUAUUUAGAUACGAGGGAAGAGCAAAGGUAUGAUAAACUUGUGUUGUCAGUUUAAGAAUGCUAUGAUUUAUUAAAAAAGAAGAAAGUACUUAUAUCUUUUGUUGCUUUUGUCUUAAGUUGUCCAAUUCUGCUUAUCAACAAUUGAAUGAGCUAGCUUCAAAGAUUUUGCUUUAAAAAGCUCUGUUUCUAACUUGAGUUUUGGUCUGAAAUUUGCAUUAACCUUUGUAGCGCAUCUUGCAUAGCUUUUAUCAGGGUAUUUAUGUACAUCCAAAGCUUGCUCGCCGCCUUUUGCUUGGGUGUUUAUGUACACCCAAACUUACUUAUAGCUUUCGUUUGCCUAUGUAUCUUUUGCUUGGGUAUUUUAUGUACACCCAAACUUGCUCGCAACUUUUUGCUUGUCUAUGUAACUUCUGCUUGGGUAUUUAUGUACACCCAAACUUGCUCACAGCUUCUUCGCUUGCGUAACUUUUGCUUGGAUAUUUAUGUACAUCCAAACUUGCUCGCAGCUUUUUGCUUGUCUGUGUAACUUUUGCUUGGGUAUUUAUAUACACCCAAACUUGCUCAUAGCUUCUUCGCUUGCGUAACUUUUGCUUGGAUAUUUAUGUACAUCCAACUUGCUCGCAGCCUUUUUCUUGCAUUGGAUUUUGCUUUGUGACUUUCUGUCUCAUAACUCUUGUUAGACCUGUCCAUCUUGUAAUUGAAUUCCUCUGGUUGGAGCUUUUUGGCAUAUAUGGCCUUCUCCCAAAAGUUUCUCAAGAUAAAAGUUAGUUUUCUUA